AUGUCUGGAUUAGCAAAUUAUCAGAAAGAGUUCAUCACGACUUGUUUGUCUAACAAGAUCUUAAAAUUCGGCACUUUCACACUCAAGAGUGGCAGAACAUCACCUUACUUCUUCAACGCAGGCGAUUUAUCGACUGGUGAACUCGUCCUUAUGACGGCGAGAGCCUACGCAGAGGCAAUCCUCGCCAGCGGCGUUAAGUUUGACAUGUUAUUCGGUCCUGCAUACAAGGGAAUACCAUUAGUUGCAGCCACUGCGCUUAUCUUGCAAUCUGAACAUAAGAUUAACGUACCAUUUGCAUUUGACAGAAAAGAGGCUAAAACACACGGUGAAGGUGGUAACAUAAUUGGUGCACCAUUCAAAGGAAAAGUUUUAGUUUUAGACGAUGUUAUCACAGGUGGUACAUCGAUCAGACACUCGAUAAACCUUAUCAAGAAUGCAGGCGAACAGGCAGAAUUCGCUGGUGUUGUCGUCAGUGUCGAUAGACAAGAGAAGGGUCAAGGUGAAAAGUCAGCCAUUCAGGAAGUUGAGUCGGAAUACGGUGUUAAUGUCUUUAGCGUCAUCGGUAUGACAGAUAUUAUCAAAUAUCUCGAGACUACUCAAGCGGAUCAAGCAUUAAUUGAUCAAAUGCUUAAAUACAGGGAAACUUAUGGUUGUUAA